AUGAGACGCGGGAGAAGAAGAGGGAAGAUGGCGAUGGAGGGGCCUAGGCAUCAACCGCCUUCCCUCGUCCCAUUGCUGAUGAGCGUGACGGCUGUGUUGAUCUCACACCACAUCUUCAACGCCGCUGCACAGAUACCAGACCCCGAGCUUCUGCCAACAGACCCUCCAAAAAAGCCAGAUCCAGUCACUUCAGAAACAGUGGUGUUUUGGGGCCUUCGAUUAUGGCAGGUUGUAGGCAUUUUCUCCAUGUUCAUCCUAGCAAUCAUAAUAACAUUGUGCUGCAUCUUCAAAUGCCGAAUUCCACGAACGAAAAAAGAGAUAGAGGCUCGGCACGUACAAAGACAAGCCGCGAAAACGUAUGCCAACACACUGGAGACGGUGCCCGCCCUCAACGAACUCACAGAGAUGCCUGGAGCGGCUAAGCCUGAGGAGAAGGAGGAGGUGCCAACCGUUGCAGGCAAGGUUGAUGCAGAGAAGGGAAAGAAGAAAGAAAAAGAAGGCAAAAAGGAAGGCAAGGGUGCAAAAGAAGGAAAAGAAGGGAAGGGAGAAGAGAAGGAUGAAACCCCAAAGAAGAAAGGGGAAAAGGGGGAGAAAGGAGAGAAAGGAGCAUCGGAUGGAGGGAAAGGUAAAAAGGGAGGUGGAGAGAAAGGAGGAGAGAAAGGAGAAGAAAAAGGAGGGAAAGGAGGUGGAGCCAAGGGCAGUGCCAAGAAGCCUGCAAAGAAGUGAACAUUUAGUCACCUUAACGGUGUGUGCUAAAUUUUCAUUAGCCAUUUUUUAUUUUU